UAAAUUACCAUGAAUCGGUGCUGAAAAGGACCAAUGAAGACCAAUUGGUUGCGAACGGCGCGCUCUGCUGCAGAGUUACGGUGUAAACGCGCUGCGACAUUUUCGUUGUUUGGCGAUCAUAGCGUCGAGGCUGUGUUGUGGACGCGCCCGCCCCGUUGCGAACUGCACCUCGUAAACAAGGAAGCAGGUAGUAUACUCGUCCCGAAAUGACGCCCGGCCCUUUUACAAUGUCUGGUCCCACCGGCCCUCUUGUCUUUCUUUUUGACUUACCCUCUAUCAAUUCGUCUUCAAUUACGGCAUUACAGACUGCAACCGCUGCAGGGCAACUCGUUCGCCCGCCCUGAAACACAAGCCAGUGCACUCAACUCUUGCACUUGGCGCACCCUCAACACCAUCCCUUAGGCCGCUUCGUAUACCAAAGCCAUGGCGCACCGCUCAAGAAGCUCGCGAGACUAUCCCGACGGUUCAAGGCACCGCUCAUCGCGCGACCGAGGGUAUACCAGUGAGAAGCCACGCUCCGUGCCUCCCUCCGAUCGCCGUGACAGGCGUGGCUCGUCUCUACCACAGUACAAUCACAAUGGACACAAGGUGACUCCAGGCCUUCAUCCUGAGGGCGAGAGUGGCCGGAGGGGUUUCAAUCCAGUCAAGUUCCUGGUUAUCAGCGGCAGGAGCAGCAGCACGAUGUCCAUGCUAGUGAACUGCCUAUGGCCCAUCGUACCUGUAGCAAUUGCACUGCACUUUGCGAGGCCCGAAUGGCAUUUAGCAAUCUUUAUUACCAACUACAUUGCCAUGCUUCCUGCAGCCAACUUGCUCGGUUUCGCUGGCCAGGAGUUUUCGCGCAAGAUGCCAAACAAGGCCUUUGCUGUCGUUCUCGAGACCACAUUCGGUUCUGUCGUUGAAGUUAUCCUAUUCAUGGUCUUGCUCAAAACCUCCAACGGCGACUCAAACGUACAGGUUAUCAAGGCUGCCAUAUUGGGAUCUAUUUUGGCCAACCUGCUCCUUUGCCUCGGCACCUGUUUCAUCGCAGGUGGUCUCAAGCACGACGUUCAGGAGUUCCAUAGUGCUGUCUCUGAGAACGGUAGUGGUCUGAUGCUUGUCGCUGCUACGGCGCUCGUACUUCCUGCUGUCUUCUACGCAUACCUCUUCCAAAACCCCGAUUACGAACAGACUGUCGAUAUCGCCUAUAACACUCGACUGAUAUCACGCGGUGUCGCCAUCAUAUCCAUCGUUGGCUACCUGGUCUACUUGUAUUAUCAGACCGUAUCCCACGACGGGUUGCUCCAUGAGAUCUACGAGGCAGACGACCACAAGGACAAGGAUCGCCACGAGGAAUUGGCUAAGCCCAAGCUUACCUUGACCGAAGUCAUCGUUGCUCUUCUCAUCUCAUUGGCCUGCGUAGCGCUCGUCGCUAUCUUCCUUGUCCUCGAAAUCCCGCAUAUAGUAGAGCGUGGAGUUAGUGACUCCUUCGUCGGACUUAUCCUGAUCCCGCUGGUCGAGAAGAUCGCCGAACACCUCCUCGCCAUCGACGAAGCCUAUGACAACCAGAUCAACAUGGCCCUCGCCCAUGUUCUCGGUGCCUCUAUCCAAACCGCCUUGUUCAACGCACCCCUUGUGGUACUGGUUGGCUGGGGUAUUGGUGUUGGCAUGGACUACAACUUCGCCAUCUUCGACGCUGUUGCCCUGGUUUUGGCUGUUCUGGCCGUUGGCUCGUUCCUCCGCGACAGAAGUUCAAACUACCUGGAGGGUGUACUCUGCGUGAUGACAUACGUCAUCAUCGCAGUCUGUGCAUUCUACUUCCCCAACCCUGCACACCACGGUGGUUCCGGGGGCAGCGCCGAAGGUGGCGCUGAGGGUGGCCAUUAAACGAUAAGUUCGGGUAGUCGUACAUGUAAAGCCACGUGGCUUAUCUCAGAUUGAUAUUCUCACAACGGUGGUGUUAAGGAGUUUCGCUGCAAGUGGGCUGCGAGGAGGGUUGCCGGGUCUCCUUACAUGUAGCAAGCAUCUGUGAUGCAUUUCUUUGAGCGGUCUUUUCCAACAGUUCUAAUUAGCGAGCGAGAGAUACCAAUAUGAUACACGAGAUUGAGACUCUUU